AUUUGAUCUGUGUAGUUAAUUAGGAUAAUAUUCAAUUAGUUGAGAUAAUUAUAUAGCUAUCAAGUUAUAUAGAUAGAUUAUUAUUAUUAUUUAGAGAAGGAGGAGGAGGAGGAGGAAAAUGGCUUGGUUUAGUGGGAAGGUUUCAUUAGGAAACUUUCCGGAUUUCUCCGAAGCUGUUAGUAAGAUCAGUGAGGGUGUUAAAUCUAUCGAAAAGAAUUUCGACAAUGCCCUCGGCUUAGAACAAGAUGCAGAAACCGAUAAUAAUAAUAAUCUUCCUGCUUCUUCCACUUCUCAAGGUUCAGGGUUAUGGUCUACGGAUUUAAUGUCAUUUAUGGGUCAGAAAGAUGAUAAUGAUGAUGAUGAUAAUGAUGAGGAUGGUGUAAAGCCGUCUGAGAAUGUUGGAUCUGAGGAAAUCCAUGAAUCUUCAAGUACUCCGUUAUCGUCAUCUAGGGAACGCGAGAUGGAUGGGACUGGUGAUCAAGGUGAUGCUACACAUGAAGAAGGUGAUCUAAAGGUGGAAACUUUGAAGGCUGUAGAGGGACAGGAAGCAAAGGAUAUGGUUUUGGUUUCAGAGGAAGCACAUUGCGGGAAGGAAAAGUCGGUCGACGGGAAUGUUAUUAUCGAUGAGCAAGUGGAUAAAGUUGUGGAUGAUAGUGCCGUGGAUGUAAAUGUUUUAUUACCCGAGGAAGCUUCGGGUGUUGUUGAAGAGCUUAGUGCAGUUGAUCAUGCUGAGCGCUUAGAGUUUCCUGACCAGAACCCAACGGAACACGGCCAAACGAGUUCUGAAGAUCAAGUUUCAGUUAUUGCUCUUGAGAAAACUGAGGUGGGCCCGAUUCUUCUUGAUUUGCAACAGAGUGAAGACGAAUCAAAGAGACAACAAGAAGCAGAGAUUAAGCAGGAAGUUUCUGCAGUGGAGACGGUGGAGUCUUCGUCGGAUGUGGUGGAUGGAGGCAAACCAAGUUUACAAGUUUCGGAUGAUGCUCCUGAGAUUGUUUGUGAGAUGGUUUCAAAUGCUACUGAACAUCAAGCUGGUGUUAACGAGCAAGGGUCAAGUUUGGAAAGAAUUUUGCCCGACAAUGCAGAUUCCAUGGCUGAGUUGGAGAAGGUGAAGAGGGAUAUGAAGUUGAUGGAAACUGCACUUUUAGGAGCUGCUAGACAAGCUCAGGCAAAAGCUGAUGAAAUAGCAAAGCUGAUGAAUGAGAAUGAGCAGCUCAAGUCUUUGCUCGAGGAUCAAAGGAGAAAAUCAAAUGAGGCUGAAGUCGAGUCGUUACGAGAAGAGUAUCAUCAAAGGGUGUCCACUCUUGAAAGAAAGGUUUAUGCUCUCACAAGGGAAAGAGAUACCUUACGUAGAGAGCAAAAUAAAAAGAGUGAUGCCGCUGCACUUCUAAAGGAAAAAGAUGAAAUCAUCACCCAAGUUAUGGCAGAAGGUGAAGAGCUGUCCAAGAAACAAGCUGCUCAAGAAUCCACAAUUAGGAAAUUACGUGCACAGAUUAGAGAGUUUGAAGAAGAGAAAAAAGGAUUGAUAACUAAGCUACAGGUUGAAGAGAACAAGGUUGAAAGUAUAAAGAAGGACAAGGCAGCUACAGAAAAGCUGCUGCAAGAAACAAUAGAGAAAAACCAGGCUGAACUUGCAACUCAAAAAGAAUUUUACACAAAUGCUUUAAGUGCAGCCAAAGAAGCCGAAGCAUUAGCAGAGUCACGGGCAAAUGAUGAAGCCCGGAUUGAACUAGAAAGUCGCCUGAAAGAAGCACAGGAGCGUGAAGUUAUGCUAGUUCAAACUUUAGAAGAAUUAAGGCAAACUCUGAGCAGAAAGGAGCAGCAGGCAGCGUUUAGAGAAGAUAUGCUGAGGAGGGACAUUGAGGAUCUUCAAAAACGAUACCAAGAAAGUGAGCGUCGUCGUGAAGAAUCGAUUACACAAGUUCCUGAAUCUACUAAGCCUCUUAUGAGGCAGAUAGAGGCUAUUCAGGAAGCAAAUGCUAGAAAGGCAGAAGCUUGGAAUGCCGUGGAGAGAUCUUUGAACUUAAGGCUUCAGGAAGCAGAGGCAAAAGCCGAAGGAGCAGAGGAAAGAGAGCGUGCUGUCAACGAACGAUUAUCACAAACAUCAUCUCGCAUAAAUGUUUUAGAAGCUCAGAUAUCAUGUUUGAGAACUGAGCAAACACAACUAACGAGGUCCCUUGAAAAAGAAAGACAAAGAGCCGCAGAAAGCAGGCAGGAUUACUUGGCACUAAAAGAAGAGGCCGAUACUCAUGAAGGUCAUGUCAAUCAGCUGAAAGAUGAGAUAAGGGAACUGAAGCAAAAACAUAAGCAAGAGCUCCACGAAGCAUUGACCCAUCGUGAACUUUUGCUGCAGGAUAUCGAACGUGAAAAAACUGCUCGGUUGGAACUUGAAAAGGCCGCUUAUCUUCAAUCUUCAGCUGUCGUUGAGCAAAAUCCAAUGGCCAGAACGAAAUCUUCAUUUGAGAAUGGUUUGAGUCGUAGACUCUCUAGUGCUAGUAGUUUGAGUAGUAUGGAGGAAAGUUUUUACCUGCAGGCAUCUUUAGACUCGUCUGAUACUCUCUCAGAAAGGAGAAAUCCCGGAGAGGCUACCAUGAGUUCAUAUCAUUUAAAAAGCAAAACACCAAAUGCCUUUGAAGCUGCCCUGCGCCAAAAGGAGGGGGAACUUGCAUCUUAUAUGAGUAGACUGGCGUCCAUGGAAUCUAUCAGGGACUCUCUUGCUGAAGAAUUGGUCAAAAUGACUGCAGAGUGCGAAAAACUACGGUCAGAAGUGUCUCAGCUUCCUGGAAUGAAGGCAGAGCUGGAAGCACUAAGACGCAGGCACGCUGCUGCAUUGGAAUUGAUGGGUGAACGGGACGAGGAGCUUGAAGAGCUUCGGGCUGACAUAGUAGAUUUGAAGGAGAUGUACAGAGAACAAGUAAACAUUCUUGUAAAUAAGAUCCAAGUAAUGACUUAAUCAAGUGGUGCUGCUCAAAGGGGAGGUGUCAUUACUGAAGGUGCUUAUAUUGUAGCCGAAAAACCAUAUAUAUACAUUAUUACCAGAAGUAUACUGAUUUAGUUUUAGUGUUUUACCCUUCUUUCCCCUUCAUGAAUAAUCUUUGACAAAUACUCCAUUGGUCUUUUUUUUGGGUGAUAUUCUGUUGUAACUUCAGCCGAUUUAAGAUGCAAAUUUUAAUACAAGAUGAAUAUGUCUUAUGGUUUUCCAA